UUAGCUUUUUCAAGCACUUGUCCAUCAGAAAAGUGAUCCGAGGAGCCACAUUUAUGUUCCACAUCCAUCAUAUCCUUAAGAGCCACUGAAUUAAGACACAGUUUCAAAGUACAGCUGAGGCUGACAGGAAUUUGGUCAUUUAUUUUAAAGCUAAUCUGCCAUGAACAAAAAGGUUUGGUCAAACGUAUGUGAAUCUGCAUGAAAAGUCAAAAUCCUCAGAAUUCAUCCUCUGGUGAACACAAAUAAAAUAUGAUGGCAAUGUAUCUAGUAGUUGUCACACACUUCACUCAGGGCCACACUGCUAAUGUGGAAAUAUAUAAUAUAUACAAAAAACUAACACACAAAGUUAUAGAGUGCCCCCUGUCCCUGUCCAAGGUGCCAAGAGAUUCAGCACCAUGGACAGAUCUGUACAACACACAAAACUGUAUGUGAAGGCAACAACACUCAAAACUGGAGAUAUGAAUCCCACAUUUCCAUUCUACAUCUUUCUAAAUGCAUUCAAACAACGAUUAAACUCAAGUGCCUCAGAAAAAUCUGAAUUUCCUGUUCUCAGCACAUUUUGAGACAGCAUAUGGAAAGUGGAGCAGUGUCACCACCAGCGGUGAGUGAUGGGAACUGCAGGGAGCUUUCCUGAGGAAAUACAAGAGAUCAUCCUCAUCCUCCCCCUGCGGUGCUCGGUGCUGGAGAGAGUCCUUUAGCUGAGGUGAUCUGACACACCAGGGAGGCGCAGUCAAUGAGGGAGCAAACCGAAAAGUGAACCGGUGUGUGCGCAGACCAAAACGCCCUCUGAACGCGAGGGUGGCGAGGAGGGACAGAAGAGGACAAGAAGAAAUAAAUCCCUCGCUGCCCUGACAAGGAAAGACACCCCGUCGAUUGCACCGCAAAGAUGGGGAACCGGGGAAUGGAGGAUUUGAUUCCUCUGGUGAACCGCAUGCAGGAUGCCUUCUCCGCCAUCGGUCAAAACGCGAACCUGGACCUGCCGCAGAUCGCCGUGGUCGGCGGCCAGAGUGCGGGGAAGAGCUCGGUGCUGGAGAAUUUCGUCGGGAAGGAUUUCCUUCCCCGCGGUUCUGGCAUUGUGACCCGUCGUCCUUUGGUCCUGCAGCUGAUGAACUCUCCAACAGAGUUUGCUGAGUUCCUUCACUGUAAGGGCAAAAAGUUCAUAGAUUUUGAUGAAGUCCGGCAGGAGAUCGAGGCAGAGACCGACCGUAUCACCGGAGCCAACAAGGGCAUCUCCCCUGUGCCCAUCAACCUGCGUGUCUACUCCCCUCAUGUGCUCAACCUGACGCUGGUGGACCUGCCGGGGAUGACCAAGGUGCCGGUGGGCGACCAACCUGCAGAUAUCGAGGCCCAGAUUAGAGAAAUGUUGAUGCAGUUUGUCACCAAGGACAACUGCCUGAUGCUGGCCGUUUCCCCGGCAAACUCUGAUCUGGCCAACUCUGACGCUUUAAAGAUUGCCAAAGAGGUCGACCCUCAGGGAAUGAGGACCAUUGGUGUGAUCACCAAGCUGGACCUGAUGGACGAGGGGACAGACGCUAAGGACAUCCUGGAGAAUAAGCUGCUUCCACUCAGGAGGGGUUACAUUGGUGUGGUAAACAGGAGCCAGAAGGACAUAGAUGGGAGGAAGGACAUCAAUGCUGCUAUGGCCGCUGAGAGGAAGUUCUUUCUCUCUCACCCUGCUUAUAGACACCUGGCUGACCGUAUGGGCACUCCAUACCUCCAGAAAACCCUCAAUCAGCAACUGACCAACCACAUCCGAGACACCCUGCCGGCUCUGCGGGCCAAGCUGCAGAGUCAGCUUCUCUCCAUAGAGAAGGAGGUGGAGGAGUACAAGAACUUCAGACCUGAUGAUCCGUCUCGCAAGACCAAGGCUCUGCUCCAGAUGGUGCAGCAGUUCUCUGUGGACUUUGAGAAGUGUAUAGAGGGCUCUGGGGACCAGAUUGACACGGCUGAGCUGUCAGGUGGUGCCAGGAUCAAUCGCAUCUUCCAUGAACGCUUCCCCUUUGAACUGGUCAAGAUGGAGUUUGAUGAGAAAGAGCUCCGCAAGGAGAUCAGCUACGCCAUCAAGAACAUUCAUGGCAUCAGAACUGGCCUCUUCACCCCGGACAUGGCCUUUGAGACCAUUGUGAAAAGGCAGAUUGGGAAGAUAAAAGAGCCUUGCACCAAAUGUGUGGACAUGGUCAUUUCUGAGCUAGUCAAUACGGUUAGGCAGUGUACCAAAAAGCUGGCUCAGUACCCCAUGCUGAGAGAGGAGAUGGAGAGGAUCGUCACCCAGCACAUCAGGGACAGAGAAAACCGCACCAAGGAUCAGGUGUUGCUGCUGAUAGACAUUGAGUUGUCCUACAUGAACACCAACCAUGAGGACUUCAUUGGAUUUGCCAACGCUCAGCAGAGGAUCAACCAAAUGAACAAGAAGAAGACAGCUGGCAAUCAGGAUGAGAUCAUGGUGAUCAGGAAGGGCUGGCUGACCAUCAACAACAUCGGCAUCAUGAAGGGAGGAGCCAAGGAGUACUGGUUUGUCCUCACCGCCGAGUCUCUGUCCUGGUACAAGGACGAUGAGGAAAAGGAGAAGAAGUACAUGCUGCAGGUGGACAACCUGAAACUGCGGGAUGUAGAGAAAGGCUUCAUGUCCAGCAAGCAUAUCUUUGCCCUCUUCAACACCGAGCAGAGGAAUGUGUAUAAGGACUACCGUCAGCUGGAGUUGGCCUGUGAGAGUCAGGAAGACGUUGAUGCGUGGAAGGCCUCCUUCCUCAGAGCUGGAGUUUAUCCCGAACGUGUCACGGAUAAGGAAGGAAAGAGUGAAGGCGGUGAUGAAAAUGGCUCUGACAGCUUCAUGCACAGCAUGGACCCGCAGCUGGAGCGGCAGGUGGAGACCAUUCGCAACCUGGUCGACUCGUACAUGGCCAUCGUCAACAAGACCGUCCGUGACUUGAUGCCCAAGACCAUCAUGCACCUGAUGAUUAACAAUACUAAGGAGUUCAUUAACGCCGAGCUGCUGGCUCAGCUGUACUCGUGCGCCGACCAGAACACGCUGAUGGAGGAAUCUCAGGAGCAGGCCCAGCACCGUGAUGAGAUGCUGAGGAUGUACCACGCCCUGCGAGAGGCCCUCAGCAUCAUCGGUGACAUCAGCAUGUCUACUGUAACCACCGCCAUGCCGCCACCCGUUGACGACUCCUGGCUGCAGGUGCAGCGCAGCGGCUCCGGGGGAAGGUCUCCAGCCACCAGUCCAACUCCCAACCGCAGGGCUCCACCGGGACCCCCUGCCCGCCCAGGCUCUCGCGGGCCUCCGCCUGGGCCUCCUGCCGGAGGACCCCCUGUCCCAUCUCGCCCAGGGGCUUCUCCGGACCCUUACAGCGGGCCCCCGCCCACUGUGCCCUCUCGGCCUAACCGCGCACCCCCAAGCGUGCCUAGUCGGAGACCCCCACCUUCUCCAACCCACUAGACCUCUGAGCUCCUCCCUCCCUCCUCAGUCCCACCCGUCCGUCCCACCCUCCGGAACGUGAGGCCAAGGACAACAGCGCCACCUUCCUGUCGUUUUCUGCUGCGCCCGACCUGAGCCGGGCUCCCUCCUCCUGCUCCUACUCGUCCCCCUUACAACAAGCCACGUCUCUCUUUCUCUCCCCUCCUCCCUCCGUCCCUCCCUCCCUCCACUCCCACACCCCUCUGUUUCACACAGAGAUGCAGAAUACUUGAAACACACCUGCAUGACUAACAUACGAACACUGCACUGCACACUGCACCCUCACAAUUUAAAGAAACUAUGUAGAGAAUAUAACAUGAUUGAUAAGAAACAAAUUGGUGAGUGUAUGCGCACAUGUGCAUGCACACACACACCUGCUUACAUGAAUACAUAAAUAUAUAUAUAUGUGUAUAUAUAUAUAUAUAUAUAUACAGUAUAUACAUAUAUAUAUACUGUUAAACCUAAGGGGGGAGACAUUUAAGCAUGACACUUUGCCUGAGUAUUACAUUACAUUAAACUAUAUCUCAGCAUUUCUAAUAGGUAGUCUGGCAGCUGAUUGACUUAUUUUUUCUCUAAUUAACAUUUGUUUUAUCUUAUGUUCUUUGUUUUUUCUUGUCUUUCUGGUUCAUUUACUUGUUAUAUAAAGGAAUACUUCACUAAAAAUGUUAUUUUUGUAUCACAGACUCACUCUGUGUAGCCUGGCAUGCUCGAAAAAAAAGAAUCAAAUGACUUCAAUUCACACGAAGCAGCAAAACAAUUAAUGUUAAUGACAAACACUUAAGUUCAGUUAUUUUGGUGACGAUACAUGUUUUUAUGACGUACCGAGCGACUGGAUACCAGAGUCUUGGAUUAUGCUGCAUGAGUUUGAUUACUUUGUUUUUGUAAAAAAACACUCAGUGAAGCUCUGCUCUCUGUGUGAAGUCAUGUUUUUUUUUUUUUCUUAUCAGUAUUUCAGGCCGUGAGGUGAAAGUAACAGAUACAAAACCUGGGUGAAAUAUUCCUUUAAGGCAGGUGAUGCAUUACCGAGCCAAGCUGGACUGGACUGGAUAUUGCAUCUUUGAAACUCUGUGUUUAUUUUACUGUUGUAUUCGGAUGUUGAUCUGUAACUUGGGGGGGGGGGUCCCCGAAAUGACAGGCGAGGACACACUUUAAUCACAUUCAGUCUUGUGUGAGUCUAGCAUGCUUUUGUACUUGAGAACUACACACACACACACACACACACACACACACACACACACACAGGUUUAUCUUAGAAUUAACAGCAGCUAUUCUGAGCUGUAGAUAAAUCAUUUCUGGUGUCUCCUCACUUUUAUGAUUUCGGGGUCUCUCUUUUCACUUGUUCGUCCUGCCACGUACGUAAGGUUUUCUUUUAUUUUCUCUCUAUUUCCACCGAACAGCCGGCCAACCAAAGGCGGGCCCUCUCGCCCUGAGAGCCCCCUGCCACCAUUCGACUCUUAGAAGAACCCCCCCCCCCCCUCCGCCACUCCUUCUUUUUUUCCUAUUUCCAUAACUACAACCUCUUCCAAAACUCACCCCACACCAGCACUAUGAAACAGACUGCUGCCCCAUCCAUCUGUCACUCACUCAGCUCACUUUAGCUCCGCAUGAGGGAGGAGAGGG